GUGCCGGCCUCGGCGGCUCCGGAUACAAUCCGCUCAUCUAUGGAAACGACGUCGACAGCGUGGACGUGGCGUCUCGGGUAGCAAUGAUUCGUUUCUUCAACUCUCAGAACGUGUUGGCCAACUUCACGGAGCACACGCGCACCCUGCGGCUCUACCCGCGGCCAGUGGUCGCCUUUCAGAUCAACUCGUUCCUCCGGUCACGACGGGUCACCCAGUUCCUGAAUCGGCUGGCCCGCACACAGGCGGUCGAGUACCUGGCCGAAUGGGCGCUGUCCCCAACCAACGCGGCCUUCCUGCGCGUGCAGACGGGCGUGUUUGAUCCAACCCAGAUCGGCGACAAGGCCAAGUGGUACAGCCACCAGCUGGAGGCGGUGCGGUUCACGGUCUGGAGUGACGCCGGCAGCCUGGGCGCCGCCGUGCGCGCCGCUACCUCUCAGACGGAGGCGGUGCCCACGGACGAGUCCGGCUCGGACUCGGACGGCGCGCCGUCCUCCAGCAGCUCGUACUCGUCUCUGAGCGACUUUGUCUCCGAGAUGCAGCUCUCGAUCUGUCGCCCGGUGAGUCGGGAUGCGGUGCUGGAGCCGGCCGGCGGCGGUGUGGUCAGCGGAAUAGACACCAAGUCCGUCUACACGCCUCCUUCGGCUCUGCUGGUGCCGGGCUCGGCCCGCUCCUCGGACUCGGCGCACCAGUCCUCGGGGGGCUCGUCCUCGCGCUCGUCCAUCUCGUCCCAGGGCGGCGAGGACAUGCGCGAGACGGCCGAUGAGGAUGAGGACGAGGAGGAACAGUCUGUCUACCCGAUACAGACGGACGCCGUGGACGGCCUGGACUCGAUGUCGGUCGACUCCGACACGGCCUCGGUGGCCACCACACCGCGCACCGUCAUCUCCACGCGCCGCCAGAGCCCCACGCCGUCCCUCUCCUCCGAGACCAGCUGCGCCACUCUCAGCUCAGAGCCGCCCGGCCGGCCGCCGCGCCUCGCCAGCCGAACGGUCUCUCCUCUGCCGACCCGUCAGCUGAGCGGCGGCAGUGUGGGCUCUCCGGGCCCGCCGCUCACCCCCCGGCAGGGCAGCCAGUCGGGCGGCCACUCGGUGCUGGAGCAGCUGACGGCACAGGCGCGCGGUCUGCGCCACAACAGCCAGGAGAGCCUGCUGACGCAGGUGGACAAGCUGACCGGUCAACUGAAGAACCAGGUGGCCGAGAAAAUUGAGGUCGUCAAACAGCAUAGCGGAGAGGACGGCAGUCUACUGGGACAUGCGCGGAAGGAGGCGAGUCACUCGGUGCACAAAGCGUCCCAGUCUGCCCGCGAGCUGUCCCGCUCGGCCAAAACAGCCAGCAAGUCCACCCUGGAGGAUCUGACCUUCGUGGGCCGCGCGCGACUGGGCGACAUCACACGCAGCGCCAAGGAGGCCGUGUCGCUGAAGAGCCUGGGCAGCCGGGACUCCAGUGGAGGCAGUGGGGGAGGGGGCGGGUCGCUGAGUCACCAGGAGUCGCUGGGGUCCGACGGAGGUCGGAGGGACUCGCGGGGCGCCCUGCAGAGGAGCGGCGGUCCCGCAGGCAACACCGACUUCCUGAGUAACGUCAGUAGCGAGCUGAACGGCAUCGCCCAGCAGACCUCCAAUCUGUUCAGCGAUAUAUUCGGCACCAAGAGCAGUGCGGGCAAAUCGUCGCAGUCUUCCAGCUCCACGUCGUUAGCAGUGCCUUCGUUGAAGCCGGCCAGUCGUCCGGCGCCGUUCGGCCCGUUCCCCAAGGGCCGCCGGGGCAUGGUCGAGAAGUCGUCCCUGAUCCGGCACAGCAGUAACCAGGUGCAGAGACAGGACUCGCGCCAGGCGGCGGCCGUGUACGAACAGCGCAACACCACGUCCACCGAGAAUCAAGUCUUCCUGAAAGAGGUAAUAAGUCAGGUGCUGGAGGGCGAGGGGGUCGGCUGGCUGAAGUUGAACCGCGUCAAAAAGCUCAUGGAAGACGAGAACUACCGAAACCUGGUGGUCUCCCGUCUGAACCAAACCCUCGACAAGAAGAUCGGGCCCGACGACCACAUUGACGACGUCUGCGUGACUCGGGACGUAUGGCGGGGGAUGCUGAAGCUGCUGCUGGCCGUGGUCAGUGGCCUGGAGCACACCUACAGCGAGCACGGUCUGGGCGGCAUGGCGUCCGCCUUCCAGGUGCUGGAGAUCGCGCACACGCACUACUGGAGCCGGGAGGUGCGCGAGCCGGCCGCGCUGGCCACGGUGGGCAUCUCGGCCGCCUCGAGUCCGUUCGGCAGCGGCGAGAACCUGCUGUCGCCGAGCUCACCACGCGGCUCGCCGCUGCCGCCGCCCUCCCCGCAGCGCGCGCCGCCGCCGCAGCUCGACGUCACGCCCGACAUCAGCCGGAAGUCCUCCUCGGGCUCCGUGUUCAGCGACGGCUGCGGGAGAGGUCUGGUGCACGACGCGCUCCGCAGUCCCGACGACGAGACCUCCACCUCGGACAUGCUGCGCGACCUGCUGGUGCACAAGCGGCAGCUGCUGCUCAGCAAGCUGACCUCGGCCGAGUCCGACAGCGAGGCGGCGCGCGGCAGCGACGGCAGCGACGCCGGCAGCAUCAUCACCAACCCCAGCUAUCUGAAGGCGCGCAUGCAGCAGAGCUUUCGCUCGACGGUCAGCGACUCGGAGCUGGACGGCAGCCGGCCGAGGGGCCGCGCCGGCAGCGUGUGGUCCAGCAAGUCGUCCUUCAGCACCGGGUUCCGCUACCACGCAGGCAGCAUGAUCAGCACGUCCAACACCUCGUCCCCGGACGGCUCCACCAGGACCUACCUGUUCGAGGGUCUGCUGCACAAGGAGCGGUGUCCUCUCUGGGACCAGAUGGCCUUCUGGGAGGACGCCUUCCUGGACGCGGUCGCCCAGGAGCGGGACAUGGUGGGCAUGGACCAGGGACCCGGAGAGAUGAUGGAAAGGUAUAACUCGCUCUCUGAGACGGAGCGAAAACGGCUGGAGCACGACGAGGACCGCCUACUCUCCACCAUGCUCUACAACCUGGUGGCCUUCAUGGUGAUGCUGCGGGUGAACAAGCAGGAACUGAAGCGGAAGAUCCGCCGGCUUCUCGGCAAGAGUCACAUCGGACUCGUCUACAGUCAGGAGGUCAACGAACUGCUCGAUCAAAUCGGAAACCUGCACGGUAAUGACAUCGACCUGCGGCCGCUGGGAUCGCGUCAGAUGCACCGACAGAGCUUCACCGUCCACUGCGGCACGGACGCCACAGGCGAGCUGGUGUUUAUGGAGGUGCGCGAUGACGGCCUGGUGCUGCGAAGCGUCAGCGGCGUCAUCAUCGGCAGAUGGUGGUUCGAGAGACUCGUCAACAUGACCUACUCGCCCAAAAACAAAAUCCUCUGCCUGUGGCGGCGCAACGGCGGCAAGACGCAGCUCCACAAAUAUUACACGAAAAAGUGCAAGGACCUCUACUACUGCGUCAAGGAGGCGAUGGAGCGGGCGGCGGCGCGCGGCGCCGGCGUCACGCCCGGACUCGAGCUGGGCGGCGAGUUUCCCGUGCAGGACCUGAAGACGGGCGAGGGCGGCCUGCUGCAGGUCUGCAUGGAGGGCGUCGGCCUGCUGUUCGCCACCUCGAAGGAUUUCGAGUUCUUCGUCCGGCUAGACCACAUACGCAAGUGCUUCACCCAGAAGGGAGGCAUCUUUGUACUCGAGGAAUACAAUCCGAAAACACGACAGAUGCUGCAACGAAAAUAUAAGUCAGCAAUGGCGGACCAGAUCUGCUACUCGGUGCUCUGCGUGUUCUCCUACAUCGCCGCCGGCUCCGAGCACAAGAAGCAGCAGCAGCUGCCGCAGCGGCUCAGCUCCACGUCCUAACCUCAGUCGUAACCUCGGCCUGGCGUCCUGACCGGCCCUAGUGGUUGGUACUGGCGCUGGGACCUGCAGUGGCGCUGUACGAGAGCCGGGACCUGCAGUGGCGCCGCCAUCUGAGACAGGACGAACUGCUGCAGUAGCGUGCGUGGACCAAUUGAGUACAGAAUCGCUGGUCGUUUUCGCCGAAGCAGACGGGCUGCUGGACACAGACCGGACCAUAUGAACCACCGAGCCAUUCCCAACCGACCCCAAUCGCCGAACUAACCGUGACUCGCCGACAUAACCCGCACAUCCAGCCACAGAACACGUGCGUACGACAGAAGCCGACAGCACCGGAUCCCGCGCGCCACGCAGCAAGCUUGAACGUCCCACCGACGCUUUCACUCACGAGGCUUGACUUCAAAAUCACACCCGACACCAAACCUCCCCAGUUGAACUCGUGGUCGCCGCAGCGGCCCCGGUAGCAGCCGCUUCGCUAUCGUCUACCGCCCGCCGGCGCUGCGCCAGUCUCGCCGCGCUAAGACUGUCUGAGAGAUGUUCCGCCCCGAGAGAGAUGGGUGUUAGCCCCGCUUCCAAGCCGGCGUCGGUCCCUGGUAGCCAGACGUACCAGGGAGUAUAGGCUCCCGGAGAGUAGUGACCCGAGUCCCCGCUAGAGGCGCUGGGUCCCGCCGGCCAGUCGCCGGCCACGGUGCCUUCGUUUCCGAUAUAUCACUGUGUGGGGUGGGGGCGCCGGACCCAGCCGUUCGGUAGGCUAGCUUGUGCCGAGCUGUUGUUGCUGUUGAUACUUAAGGCGUGUGUAGUCUGGCGGCGGUCGAAAAUACAGUGUAGUGCCGAGGUGA